UCAAAACGCGAGAGAGAGAGUGGGAGAGAGAGUUUUAGAGAGAGAGAGAGAGGGGUUCUUCUUUAUCUUUCUUCUCCAACAUUUCCUCUUUCGCAGUAUUAUUACAAAACAAACCAUCUUUCUUCUUCUCUUUUCAAAAUUGACCUCAAAUCCCUGAGAUCUCAUCCCUUCUCCCCAAUCUUUAGGGUUUUGUCCCGAUUCGAUCCGAUCCCUCUCCUUCCUCUCGAUUCGAUUGAUUUUAGAUCUUUGAUCUCAAAUACUUUCUUCUGCCAUGGAAGCGAUCGAGGAGUUGUCGCAACUCUCCGACUCGAUGCGUCAAGCCGCCGCUUUACUUGCCGACGAAGAUGUCGACGAAAAUUCCAGCUCCUCCCGACGCGAUUCCACUUUCCUCAAUGUCGUCGCGCUCGGCAAUGUCGGUGCCGGUAAAUCAGCAGUCUUGAACAGUUUAAUUGGACAUCCUGUUCUGCCAACUGGUGAAAAUGGUGCUACUCGAGCUCCCAUAAGCAUAGAUUUACAGCGGGAUGGUGCUCUGAGCAGCAAAUCAAUUAUUUUACAGAUUGACAACAAAUCACAGCAAGUUUCUGCAAGUGCUCUGCGCCAUUCUCUGCAAGAUAGGUUGAGUAAGGGUUCCUCAGGCAAGAGCCGUGAUGAAAUAUACUUGAAACUACGGACAAGUACAGCGCCUCCUCUCAAAUUGAUUGAUUUACCUGGGCUGGACCAGCGGAUCAUGGAUGAAUCUUUGGUUAGUGAAUAUGCUGAGCACAACGAUGCAAUCUUGCUGAUUGUUGUCCCUGCUGCUCAAGCACCUGAAGUUGCCUCAUGCCGAGCUCUCAGAGUUGCCAAGGAAUUUGACGGAGACGGCACGAGAACCAUUGGUGUAAUCAGCAAAAUAGAUCAAGCUGCUUCGGACCAGAAAGCUCUUGCUGCAGUCCAGGCUCUUCUGUUAAAUCAGGGGCCAUCAAGGGCUUCGGAUAUGCUCUGGGUUGCAUUAAUUGGUCAGUCAGUUUCAAUAGCUUCAGCACAGUCUGGAUCUGUUGGUUCUGAGAAUUCUUUAGAAACAGCAUGGAGGGCUGAGAGUGAAAGUCUCAAGUCCAUCCUGACUGGCGCUCCUCAAAGUAAGCUAGGCAGAAUAGCAUUGGUGGAUGCUUUAGCUCAGCAAAUUCGCAGUCGUAUGAAAGUCCGCCUUCCUAACCUCCUAUCUGGGUUACAGGGUAAGUCCCAAAUAGUCCAGGAUGAGUUAGUUAGGCUUGGUGAGCAAAUGGUGCAAAGUGCCGAGGGCACCAGAGCAAUAGCUUUAGAACUUUGCCGUGAAUUUGAGGAUAAGUUUCUUCAACACAUUACGAGUGGUGAGGGUUCUGGUUGGAAAAUUGUUGCUAGUUUUGAAGGGAACUUUCCUAAUAGAAUCAAGCAGCUUCCAUUAGACCGGCAUUUUGAUAUCAACAAUGUGAAAAGAAUUGUCUUAGAAGCAGAUGGUUACCAGCCAUAUCUCAUAUCCCCUGAAAAGGGUUUAAGAUCUUUAAUAAAAGGUGUUUUGGAGCUUGCAAAAGAACCGUCACGUCUUUGUGUUGAUGAGGUACAUCGUGUCCUGGUUGAUAUUGUUUCUGCCGCUGCAGCUGCUACCCCUGGUCUUGGAAGAUAUCCUCCUUUCAAGAGAGAGGUUGUGGCCAUUGCAAGUGCUGCUUUAGAUGGGUUCAAAAAUGAGGCGAAGAAAAUGGUGGUGGCCCUAGUAGAUAUGGAGCGGGCUUUUGUACCUCCUCAACACUUCAUUCGUUUAGUACAAAGGAGAAUGGAGAGACAACGCAGAGAGGAGGAGCUGAAAAACAGAUCAUCCAAGAAGGGGCAGGAUGCGGAGCAAUCAAUACUAAAUAGGGCAACAAGUCCACAAACAGGUGGUCAGCAAACUGGUGGAAGCUUGAAAUCAUUGAAGGAUAAAUCUGAUAAGGCAGAAAAAGAUGCACCUGAGACGUCUGGUUUGAAAACUGCAGGUCCUGAAGGCGAAAUCACGGCAGGUUUUCUACUAAAGAAAAGUGCAAAAACUAAUGGUUGGAGCAGGCGAUGGUUUGUUUUGAAUGAAAAGACUGGAAAGCUUGGCUAUACCAAGAAGCAAGAAGAAAGACACUUUCGUGGUGUGAUCACCUUGGAGGAAUGUAAUAUUGAAGAGGCUGCAGAUGAAGAGGAACCCCCUGCAAAGAGUUCAAAGGAUAAGAAGGCCAAUGGACCAGAUUCUGGGAAAGCAACCAGUCUUGUGUUUAAACUUACCAGCAAGGUCCCAUAUAAAACUGUAUUGAAAGCACACAGUGCUGUUCUCUUGAAGGCUGAGAGCAUGAAUGACAAGGUUGAGUGGAUAAACAAAAUCAGAAAUGUUAUUCAACCGUCCAGAGGAGGAAGAGGAACAUCAAAUGAAGGUGGUCUUACCAUGCGGCAGAGUCUCUCUGAUGGUUCCUUGGAUACGAUGGCACGAAGACCUGCUGAUCCUGAAGAAGAACUCCGGUGGAUGUCUCAAGAAGUUCGUGGUUAUGUUGAAGCAGUUUUGAACAGUUUGGCAGCUAAUGUGCCCAAGGCUGUCGUUCUCUGUCAAGUUGAAAAAGCAAAAGAAGACAUGCUAAACCAGUUAUAUAGCUCUAUCAGUGCUCAAAGUACGGCAAGAAUUGAAGAGUUACUUCAAGAGGACCAUAAUGUAAAACGCCGCAGAGAACGCUACCAGAAGCAAUCCUCUCUCCUUUCCAAGCUAACUCGUCAACUCAGCAUUCACGACAACAGAGCAGCUGCCGCCUCCAGCUGGUCCAAUGAUGGUGGUAGUAGUGUCGAAAGUAGCCCAAGAACUAGUGCUCCAUCUGGUGAUGACUGGAGAUCUGCAUUUGAUGCUGCUGCCAAUGGCCCGGUCAACCACUAUGGAGAUUACUCUAGAUCCUCAUCCAAUGGUCACAGUCGACAUAACAGUGAUCCAGCACAGAAUGGCGAUGUGAACUCGGGGCCAAACUCUGGCAGCCGUCGUACUCCCAAUAGGUUGCCACCGCCACCACCGCAAUCCGGUUCUUCAGGGUACAAAUUUUUUUAGGUGGGUGACUGAUAUUCUAUUGACAAUUCAUGUUUUCAGUGCAUUCUUGGUGGGUGAGAUCGCUCAGCACCGCAUCAUAUGAUUUUUCCUGUAGAAUCUUUAGAAGAGGAGAGAAAAAACGGUGGUGUACAUAAAAAACUUGAAAAAGUUGCUGGGUAUCAGGAUCUUAUGGUGUCUGUAACGAGGAUGGAUUCAAGGCAUACUUGAAAUCCAUUAUGAUCUAUAUUUCUCUAUUCAAUUUUUCUCGUUUACCUAGAAAUUUUUAUUUUUUAUUUUUUUACUUCUCUUUUCUCUGCUCAUUUUUGGACGCUAUAGAUGUAUCUUCGUGUAUUGAUUUUGAUUUUAUAUGUACGUUCAGGCUUUGAUGGCUCUGUAACAGUUGGAUACUCUUGUUUGAAAUUGAGAGGAUGGAUAUAUCUUAUAUUUCUCAAUGUGAUAUAUUUCUCUUCCAAGUACUCAACCCUUUUAAAUUG